AUGUCUCCCGCCCUUACUCCAACGAACGCAGAAGAGGUUAUGGUCAUCCGGGAGCUUGAGAACCAGAACAUCGUAACAUGCAGUGUUCCCUUUUAUCGCUUUGGGGUUCUACGAAUCGGCGGACGUGGUACAAUCGUUCGCAUGGCGUCUGGGGCCAGCGCCGUCUUUUCGCCUGUUGCCCUGACAGAACACGUUAAAGGGCUGGUCACUGCUCUCAACUCUCCGAUCAGAUACAUCAUAGCGCCAGAUAUAGAGCAUCACAUUUUCCUGGGCGAUUGGAAAAAGGCCUUUCCAGAGGCCCGAAUAAUAGGCCCGCAUGGUCUUCAAGAGAAAAGAGAAAAGAACCCCAGCACAAGGGAGUGGGCGAAGAUUGACUAUCGGUUCAACCCGCAAGACCGACAUAAUCCCGAAAUUUUCGAUGAGUUCAACAAGGAGUUCGACACGGAAUAUUUCCCCAGCCACCCGAACCGCGAGAUAGUCGUCUUCCACAAACCCACCAAGACACUACUGCAGGCAGACAUGUUCUUUAACCUCCCAGCCACGCAGCAAUUUGAGAAGGAGGAGGGUGGCGCGACCCAGGGGAUCCUGACCAAGCUGUUUAUGCCGGUCUGGACUACGAGCGGCAAUGCGAUUUGGCAGCAGCGUCUCAUUUGGUACUUAUUAGCGGGAAACCGAGCUGAGUGGAAGGAAUCCCUUAAGCGAAUCGAUCGGUGGGAUUUCGAGCGGAUAAUCCCUUGCCAUGGGGACGUGAUCGAGACAGGCGGUAAGCAAGUGUUUAGGAAGCUUUUUGGGUGGUUCUUGGAUUGA